AUGGCACAAAACGGAGCUCCCUCCUCCCCGCAUGUGGACAUCUCCUUCCCCGUAAAUCGCCCCACAGAGCCAGGCAAGUGGACGCCGGAGCUUGACGCACAGCUGCGCGCACGAGAGGCCUCGAACAUGCAGCUCAAGAAGACCAUUUUGCCGCGUUAUCUUUGGCCUGGCGGUGACCGCUCCCUCGCUGGCAUCGCCAUUCGUGCCUUCUUACUCGGUGUCUCCGGCGCCGUAGGCUUUCUCCUCACCGCAGCCCUCGCAUAUCACAGCGUUCGCCUUUGGCGCCCGUUCUUUUUCUUGGGAGUGCUUUCCGUAUUCCAUUUCCUCGAAUUCUGGACCACCGCCGCUUACAACACGCCCACGGCGUACAUCUCCUCGUUCCUGCUUACGAAUGGCAGCCGUUAUCGUCAGGCGCACACAGUCGCUUUCAUCGAGGCCACCAUAACAUCGUACUUCUUCCCUGCAUGGCAGGCACGCGUCCACCCUCCAUGGGUCAUCGCGUUGGGCGUGGUGAUGAUAGUAGUUGGGCAGGUCGUGCGUAGCCUCGCUAUGGUGCAGGCUGGGACGAACUUUAAUCAUCAGGUGCAGCAGCAGAAAAACGAGGGGCACGAGCUGGUCACGACUGGCCUUUACUCGGUCUUCCGGCAUCCGUCAUACUUUGGCUUUUUCUGGUGGGGUCUGGGAACGCAGGUAGCGCUUGGGAACACCGUUAGCUUUGUAGGAUAUGCGGUUAUUCUAUGGUACUUCUUUCAUAAGAGGAUCACGCACGAAGAAAAGCACCUCAUAGAAUUCUUCGACGAGGAUUAUAAGGCGUACAAGUCGCGAACUCGGGUCUGGAUACCCUUCAUAUAA